CAUCACGAAGCAUGAAAUAUGAUUCUCCUUUCUAUAAAAGUCUGAUCUUAAAUCAUGUGUGUGGGAGAGAGUGAAAGGGAGAGAGAGAGAGUGAAAGGGAGAGAGAGUGCGAAAAGGAGAGAGACUGUUAAGGCUAGACCGUCCAGAAAGGAACGUACGUCGGCCCGCCCUGGUUGGCAGUCAGUAGCUCUAAGGUGGGUUAGAGAGACAGACACCAACUCCAGUCCAGUGGAGUAUAUUACAGCGACCUGUCUCUUUAAAUUGCUGUCAAAGCCGAUUAGCGCUGUUUUCGCCGUCUGUUCCCUCAAUCUAUUUUGGUUUACGUUGCUGUAGCCUGCACGACAAGUUGUGAUUUUCCAUUUUAUAUACAUAUACAUUUCUCAACAUUUGGGUCAGUUUGGGUUUACUUUCUGGCAUGGAGACGUGCGUUCAUUGAUUUAUUUCUGGUUGGACCCUCUGGGUCCGUCUGGGUAGACUCCGGUAGACAGCCUGCUUGCUUCGCUGCGCGCAGCGCGCUAGGAUAGGACUCCAACUUUUCUGCGCGUCUGUGGUAAGCUUGGAUUUACCUCUCCCCUCCACUUCUUUCUCAGUCUCAUACACUGACUGUCAACUCUGUGACAAAAUAUGAGAAAUUUGUCACAAAUAUGACAUCAACAAAAUCAAUAACUUUCUGAAAUCGACAGAGAGAAAGGGUCUCAGAAAAUGCAGAAGAGCGUGCGGUAUAAUGAGGGGCACGCUCUGUAUCUGUCGGUUGUCGCGCGGAAAGAGGGCACGAAGCGCGGCAUCCUGAGCAAGAAGACGACCGAGAACAGUCGAUGGAACGAUAAGUACUUUGCUCUCUACCAAAAUGUGCUCUUUUACUUCGAGAACGACCAGAGCACCCGGCCCUCCGGGAUUUACUUGCUGGAGGGGUGCACGUGCGAGAGGGUUCCCGCGCCCAAAGGGUCCACCCUCAACAAGGACACGGUUGACAAGCAGCAGCACUACUUCCUGGUGGUGUUCGGACAUGACGGUCAGAAGCCUCUGGAACUGCGGACGGAGGAGGAAGCCGACUGCAAUAAGUGGGUGGAAUCUAUCCAACAGGCCAGUUACUCUGACAUCAUCAUUGAGCGCGAGGUCCUGAUGCAGAAGUACAUCCACUUGGUCCAGAUCAUGGAGACUGAGAAGGUGGCAGCCAGCCAGCUCCGCACCCAGCUAGAGGACCAGGGCACAGAGAUAGAGAGGCUCAAAGCAGAGAUCGUAUUGUUGAACAAGGACAGGGAGAGGAUGCUUCCUUACCGGGCCCACCAGGAGGAGGAGGACCCAGACAUUAAAAAAAUCAAAAAGGUUCAGAGUUUCAUGCGAGGAUGGCUGUGUCGCAGGAAGUGGAAGAUCAUCGUUCAGGACUACAUUUGCUCCCCCCACGCUGAGAGCAUGAGGAAGAGGAACCACAUCGUGUUCAACAUGGUGGAGGCGGAGACAGAGUACGUCUGUCAGCUCUCCGUACUGGUCAACUUCUUCCUCAGGCCACUACGGAUGGCCGCCAGCUCCAAGAAACCUCCUAUCAGCCACGAUGACGUCAGCAGCAUCUUCCUCAACAGUGAGACCAUUAUGUUCCUGCAUGAGAUCUUUCACCAGGGCCUAAAGGCCCGGAUAGCCAACUGGCCAACUCUGGUGCUGGCCGACCUGUUUGACAUCCUGCUGCCCAUGCUGAACAUCUAUCAGGAGUUUGUGAGGAACCACCAGUAUAGUCUGCAGGUUCUGGCCAAUUGUAAGCAGAAUCGAGACUUCGACAAGCUGCUGAAGCAGUACGAGGCUAACGCUGCCUGUGAAGGACGCAUGCUGGAGACCUUCCUCACGUACCCCAUGUUCCAGAUUCCUCGUUACAUCAUCACCCUCCACGAGCUGCUGGCACACACGCCUCACGAGCACGUGGAGCGCAAGAGCCUGGAGUUCGCCAAGUCUAAACUAGAGGAGCUGUCAAAGAUGAUGCAUGAUGAGGUGAGCGACACUGAGAACAUUCGUAAGAAUCUGGCCAUCGAGAGAAUGAUCGUUGAAGGCUGUGACAUAUUACUGGAUACCAGUCAAACCUUCGUCAGACAGGGCUCUCUGAUACAGCUCCCAUCCAGCAGUGAACGGGGCAUGCUCAGUAAGGUACGUCUGGGCUCUCUGUCUCUCAGGAAGGAAGGAGAACGACAGUGCUUCCUGUUUACAAAACACUUCCUUGUCUGCACACGCACUUCCGGCGGGAAGCUACAUCUGCUCAAGCAGGGUGGGGUGUUGUCCCUGAUAGAAUGUACCCUUGUAGAGGAGCUGGAUGCCAAUGAUGAGGACUACAACGCCGGUGGUCAGGGCUUCAACCACCUAGAGUUCAAGAUUGUGGUGGAACCCCCUGACAGCCCCACCUUCUCUGUUGUCCUAUUGGCUCCUUCCCGCCAGGAAAAAGCUGCCUGGACCAGUGACAUCAGUCAGUGUAUAGAUAAUAUCCGUUGCAAUGGCCUGAUGACCAGUGUGUUUGAGGAGAACUCCAAAGUCACUGUGCCGCACAUGAUAAAGUCGGACGCACGGCUACACAAAGAUGACGUGGACAUCUGCUUCAGCAAGACGCUCAACUCCUGCAAGGUCCCCCAGAUCCGCUACGCCAGCGUGGAGCGCCUGCUGGAGCGCCUGACUGACCUGCGCUUCCUGUCUAUCGACUUCCUCAACACCUUCCUCCACACGUACAGAAUCUUUACCACCGCUACUGUGGUCAUGGAAAAACUGGCAGACAUCUAUAAGAAACCCUUCACCUCAAUACCUAUUAGGGUUCAGUACCACUCCUCCGAUCGUCUGUCCAUCACCUCUCUCUGUCCUGACUACAGUCUGAAGAUUACCCGGCUAGCUCUGGACCAGAAAGAGUCUCUGGAGUUGUUCUUUGCCACUAAUCAGGGGACAUGGGGCAGCGAGCACCUCAACAACAAAUCUCCCCGUCUCUGCCGCAAGUUCUCCUCCCCUCCCCCUCUAACCAUCCCCUCCCGCACCUCCUCCCCCAUCCACUCCCGCAAACUCUCCCUCUCCUCCCCAAUUUCCUCCAGGGCCAGCGUCUUAGACCUCUCCACCCCGUCCUCCUCCGCCGCCAACUCCCCCACCUCCUCCAACCCCCCCUCCAUCUCCUCCCCACCUCCCAACGCGACCAAGCCCCCAACAGGGUCCUCCUCCCCACCUCCCACCGCCCGCUCUCAGUCUGGGUUAUCGUCCCCCCCUCCCACAUGUACGCGGGCUCCCAGCCUGCCAGUAGUCCCUGGGUUCUCCACCUCCCCCACCGCCAACACCACCACGAAAGCCCCCCUGGACCUGAGUAGCUCCCCUGGCUCCCCGGAACCCGCCCUGACGCCGGAGGAGGGAGGAGACAUGACGCGCAUCGACGCUUUCUGUGGGAAACUCAGGCGCAGCAUACGCAGGGCCGUGCUGGAGACGGUUUCGAUGGAGAAGUUCCUCCCCGAGUCGAACAGUCAAGUCAGUGAGGAUCGAGCCCCCCUAACAGAGUCCCCCUGCCGUUCCCCCUCCACACCCCGACACAUGAGGUACAGGCAGGCUGGCGGUUCCACGGGAGAGAACAACCGCGGCACGAUGUCACCUGCCUCGGCCUUCGCUAUCGCCACUGCGGCCGCCGGACACGGCAGUUCCCAGGGUUUCAAUAAUAGUGAAAGGACCUGUGACAAGGAGUUUAUAAUCCGUAGAGCUGCGACCAACAGAGUCCUCAAUGUGCUGCGUCACUGGGUCUCCAAGCACUCACAGGACUUUGAGAUGAAUGGUGAGCUGAAGAUGGGUGUAAUUACCCUACUGGAGGAAGUGCUGCGAGACCCCGAUCUGCUGCCUCAGGAGAGGAAAGCCACCGCCAACAUUCUAAGUGCCCUUUCUCAAGACGAACAAGAUGACGCUCAGCUGAAGUUAGAAGACAUCCUACAGAUGAGAAGUCCACUUCUCCACUUCAUCCUGGCAGAGGUUCCGAAAGCAGAGUGUUUCGAGUCUCUGUCUGCGAUGGAGCUGGCUGAACAGAUCACCCUGCUAGACCACAUCGUGUUCAGGAGCAUCCCAUACGAGGAGUUUCUGGGCCAGGGCUGGAUGAAGCUGGAUAAGUCAGAGAGAACACCGUACAUCAUGAAGACCAGUCAACAUUUUAACGAGAUGAGUAACCUGGUGGCGUCUCAGAUCAUCGCCCAUACAGACGUGGGCUCCAGGGCCAACUCCAUAGAGAAAUGGUUGGCUGUGGCCGACAUUUGCCGCUGCCUUAACAACUUCAAUGGAGUUCUGGAGAUCACCUCAGCUCUCAACCGCAGCGCCAUCUACAGGCUGAAGAAGACAUGGGCCAAAGUCUGCAAACCGACCAAGACACUGAUGGACAGGCUACAGAAGACAGUGUCAUCAGAAGGCCGGUUCAAGAACCUGAGAGAAACCCUGAAAAACUGCAACCCCCCGUGUGUGCCCUACCUGGGGAUGUACCUGACCGACCUGGCCUUCAUCGAAGAGGGAACGCCAAACUUCACCGCGGAGGGGCUCGUCAACUUCUCCAAGAUGAGGAUGAUUUCUCACAUCAUCAGAGAGAUCCGUCAGUUUCAGGGGGCACCCUACAAGAUAGAGCACCAGCCCAAGGUAACUCAGUUCCUGAUGGAUAAGACUCUGGUGAUGGAUGAAGACACUUUGUAUGAACUGUCCUUGAAAAUCGAACCUCGCAUCCCUUCUGUCUAAACACGCCAUACAGUUGGUCUCCUUCCAGCUGCGUCAGACUCUUAGUGAUUAGCAUUCAUGUUAUUAUCCGCUUGGUAACCGUGGUAACCGUGGUAACCAUGGAACCGAUGGACGAGAGGGCCUUGGUAAAAUGGGAGAGUUGCGCGCUUAAAGCCGGAAUCCCUAAUGGUGAAACUGCCACGGCCGUUUGCAAUGUAACGACCACAAAGACAUUUCUGCCAACAAGAAUUUCUUCUUUCUCCCCCUCACACGCAUGCUAGAAAUGUUUUUCCUUGAUCAACAAAACAAUAAAAAUACCAACAUAUGCUUGGCUGACAGUGGCACUGUUUCUCCCUCCUGCAGAUUCCAACAUUAAGGGUUCUCGUUACUUUAUCAGCAUUGCCAAUGAUUAUGCGUAGGAACUCAGGUGAAGAUGUGCCUUGCUUGUAAAUAUGUACAUAUCAGUGGACAGUUAAAAACUGGGUUAGCGCAGUAAUCACUGUUAGAAAGGUUUUCCGCAUGAUCUUACAUUCCAAUGUUAAACCCUGAUAGACUGAGGUCUGGCUGUGCCUAGGAUGGAAAAGGCUAUCUAUAGGAAUAGAAAAUGAUCCAGAUGAAUCUAGACGGAAGAAGACUAGUCAAGAAGACUUGAGGGAAUUAAUUUGCUAGCGAUAGCAAAAACCUGAACCCCGGUCAGUGUCAGAAGAAAUAAAUAAAGGAUAAAAUGUUUCACUGGUUUUCUGUGGCUGUGGGUUUGGAUGUACUGUCAUGCUUGUGGUCAUAGAAAGAACUGGGAAUGAGAAAAGCAAAAAGAAAAGCACAAUGUCUGUGAUGAUCUCUACCACUUACUGGCAGCUGUGAGGAGAGAGCAGUGUGAGGAGAGAGCAGUGUGAGGAGAGAACAGUGGGCGAGGCACAGUCUCACUGCAUUUCCCUCUAUUGGUAAACCAGUGGGUCAGCCUUAUAUUCAAUACAGAAACCUUCCUCAGAGGGUUAGGCAUUUCUACCUUUAAGAUCUGUCUAUUCCCCACUUCAUGCGCUCUGUCUCUAUCUCAGAGAGCAUGAAGUGGUGAAUAUGUGGUUGUGAAACAGUAACCAGAUUGAUUCCUGCCUCGUUCCUGUUGACGCACAAUGAUGAUGUAAGCAUGGACUACAUCCUUUAGCAUUUUUACUAACUUAUUGAGCUUCUUUCUGCUGUGCUACUCCUGUAAUAUUGUUCUGUUCUGUGUAUAAAGGUUUUUAAACAUUGUAUGAAGAGGGGAACUCAUGAACCAACAUCUUUUUCAAACCUAAAAUAUUGCACAAUGUAAUGACGUGUAGAUUAGUUUCUCCCCUCCAGAGCCAAACUUCAUAGCAACUUCCCCCACAGAUCCAUAGUAUAGAAUAACAAAUAUGAAUUGACCUUUCCCAGUCCUCACCCAAAUUGCGGUUUAAAAAAUAUUGUCAAUUUAAGGCUCUGUUUAGAGAAUGAUCACAUUCAAAUAAAGGGAUUUGACCCAGAGGUUUCGCACAGCUAGAAGUACAGUCAUUAAAAGUUUGUUAACAUCUUUUGUCUGAAUAUAUAUCGAUAGUGCUGUAGUUCUCUGCAUGUGUUUAUUUAAUGAUAUUACUUUGAUUUUAAUCAGAUUACAUUUUAAACAGUGUUAUUGACAAAUCUGCACUAUUGAUUUUUAAAAUAUGUCAAUAGAUUUUUAAAUUAUUGGAACGUUUUGAUUGUUAAAGAGGUAGAGCAUGUUUCUUCUUUUUUACUGUUGUUUUUCUUGUGAAGCUGAUUGGCUGAGCACUGUAGCAGAACCACCUAUCAGACUGCUUCCAUUUUUACAGUCUUAAUUGGCAAAAAGUCUGUCUCACGCCCUGAUAAUAUCUACAUCACUGCUUUUAUAUAUGGCCAUGUAUAUGUUAUGAAAACCUGCUCUUUUACCAUUGUAUUUUUCCAUGCACUUCUUUAGAGAAUGUACAUAUUUACACUCCUGGCAUGUAAAUAAAAUAAACAUUUUCAAUGUCA